AUGUUGGUGCUUGGGGAAGAUAGAGUGGAGCCAGAACGAUUAGGGGAUGAGCGAGGUGUUGAUGAGGAGGACAAUGGUGGUCUUGGACUACUAUUGUUGUUGCUGUUGCUGUUUGAGAGUGAUUCAAAUGAUGUACUCCACUUGAACUGGAAGUCUGAUGAUUGGUGUGUGUUGUUGAACGCAGAUGUGGGUGGUCGAGGUGAUCUAGUCCCAUUGCCUAAGGGCGAUAUGGACAGUCUGAUUGGUGAGUGUGCAAGAGGUGAUGAGGGAUAG